ACUCUACGUGCCAAUGUUUGGGUUCCCAUUGUGGAGACGUGGGAUUUGGCUUCCUUUUAAUGGUUCCAUCUGCCGUUGCAUUUACUUAUAUAAUCCAAAAAAUUGUGUUGUUUUAGUUCCAUUGCUUUCCCUUUAAUUUCUCAAGGUCGUUCUUCAUCAGCAGAUGAGAAUAAGUCAGACCCCAGCAGAGAUCAACUAGAGCUUAUGAUUAUCACCCGCACUAAGAAUACAGUUCUGUUCUAUCACUUGAUCAAAACAAAAGAGAAAUCUCGUGGGACUGUUAUAUAGAGAGAGAGAGAACUUUUUGGGCUCGAAGAGCUGCUCUGGCGCCAUGAUAAUUAAUUGAUAAACUAAAAUAUUUGAGUCAUCACCCGUGUUUCCCCUGGGGCCACUACUCCACUCAAGAAGUCCAUUCAUCGUCCGAUAAUUGUUUUGUUUGCCCACAGACACAAUCGAGCCACUGUUGCCACUCGAUCAAAUUUCGUAUUGUUCGGCGCUUUGUUUUGCCUGCCUUUCAAUUAGCGAAACCGUCGGCGAGAUACCACUCGGGUUAUUGGAUCUGGUAUAGGUCUGUUGUGUAGCUCCUUGGGCAUUUCGCUGCAGCUCCUCAGUUCGCCUCAAGACGUCGCUGGCUGUGGGUGCUGCUCGUUCGGAACUCGGAAAACUCCAUUGAACAACCAGCCAGCUCUAUCAUUACAUCGGAAUUACGAAUGUCAAUGUUAAUUAAUUCGUUAGCUAGCGUGUGAUUUUGCCGGUAUCUAAAAACCCGAACGAUCGUAACCGGUUCGCGUGUGUUCGAGUAUUAACACCCACUUCCCAGGGAAUUCCCCAUAGCCAGUGCGUUGAAAGUAUUGGGACAGAGACGCGAUGUAUAUACUCAUUAUGGAUAUGAGGAUCUCUUGAUUUCUUGAGAAACGUUUACGCGGUUACCUACCUUGAGCCGCAGUCUCUUCCCAGAUCCAAUUUGCAUAAGUAAACCUGAUAAAAACACACACACAACACGUAACGCAAGUGUUUUCAGUUACUGAUACUGCCAUUCGCGAAGUUCCCCACUGAUCUUCUAUAACUAUAAAGAGAGCGAACUAAGACAACAACAGGAAGAACUUUGUUUAUCAGCAAACAACUUUAAGUUGCUCACAUCAUUCAUCACCUGAACUGGAACCUCCACCAUGCCUAAGAUGAUCCAGCAGCGAGGUGGAUCCCUCUACUGUGGAGUUACUCUGCUGGGGAUCCUAUGCUUAGUUGUGUUCCGACUGAUUCCCGGAAUUCCUUUCGGGGCUUACGUUAUGGCCGAAAGAGACCGCUACCACACCAUAGAUGAUCCGAACGUUCCCUGCAAUUUCUACGAUACGGUCAACUUGACGGGUCAUAGGUCGUUCCCGAACGGAAGCUACGACUAUUAUGGCACGAUAGUUCCCGCACACUUGAUCGGAACGUACGACUACAUCCAUAGAUCGCUGACGGAACGCAUAGAGGUGCCGGAGCACGUCCGAGGAUGUGUCUGCAAGUUGAAGGAGUGCCUCAACAUCUGCUGCCCGUGGCGCCAGGUCUUCGACACGCAAUCGGAUGGAUGCAUAAUCGAUCACAAGGAUAAUCGCACUUGGCCGGAACCGCCACUGCUCAAUGUGACCUUCCAUAACCAAAGCACGCUGCUGGUCAACAUGUUUCAGCAGUUUGCUAUCCAGAGCUUCCGACCCUGUCCCAAGAUGUUCUCCCUGCAGCCGGAUAUCAACUACUGGGACGACUAUCUUAUUUUCGAGAACGGUUCCAUGCUCCGUAUAGACGAUAAGCAGGUCAUCAGGAAGAAUGAGUUCUGCAUGGUGCCGGCCUUUGUCAACGAAUCUGACCUUUUCUACACCCUUCGUCCGGCCAACUGUGAGAUGCAGGACGACCACGGCACGGUGAAGAUCAUCAAUGCCUAUGCCAUGAUCUUCUCCAUACCCUUCAUGAUGCUGACCAUAGCCGUUUACCUGCUGAUCCCCGAGCUUCGCAACCAGCAUGGCAAGAGCCUGGUCUGCUACUUGGUGGGCCUCACCGUCGGCUACUCCGCGCUGGCCUAUGUUCAACUCUACAAAAUCGAUGCCUCGGGUACUGAAUGCCAGAUACUGGGCUUUACGGCCUACUUCUUUUUUAUGGGCGCCUACCUUUGGCUAAGUGUCAUCAGCUUCGACUUGUGGCACAACUUCCGAGGGACGAGAGGCAUCAACAGGUUCCAAGAGAACAGGCGUUUCCUGUUCUACUCGCUGUACUCGUGGGGAAUUGCCGUCAUUUUUCUGGCCUUCACGUAUUAUGCCCAGAUACUGACCGAUUGGCCCUCGUAUCUCAAGCCCGGAAUCGGGGAUGGCACUUACUGCUGGCUGGACAUGAGCAACUGGUCGGCCAUUAUCUACUUCUAUGGUCCCGUUAUGGCGAUCGUCGUGGCCAACACGGUCAUGUUCAUAAUGACGGCGAUCAAGAUCCACGGAGUUCAACGGGAGAUGGCCAGGAUAAUUGCGAGUGAGAACAGCACCAAGAACCUGCGAACCGAGAAGGACAAGUUCGGCUUGUUUCUGCGCCUCUUCCUCAUCAUGGGCAUCACCUGGCUGUCGGAGCUCAUCUCGUACUUCGUGGGCAACGACAAGGAGUGGUCGAAGCUCUUCUACAUUUCGGAUCUGGCCAACGCCAUGCAGGGCUUUCUCAUCUUUAUGCUGUUCGUGAUGAAGAAGAAGGUCAAGCAUUUGAUCACAAACAGAACGAUACGGGUGCGCAGUCUGCGGCAGACUGAGAGUGUAACCAUGGGGCCCACCUCGAUCUCCAUGCGACAGCGGUUUAUGGACGCCUCCAACCACAUCCGCAAGCUGGUGGUGAUUCGCAAUGCCUUCGCCAAUGGCUCCACCAGCGGUAUUCACUCACAUGAAGUCUGA